CCAUCUUAGACCUAUGCAAGGGCUAGUGUAACCAGUCCCGCUCAAACAACUCCCAAAGAGGAAAUCAAGCUUCCAUCCAAGACCUCUGAUCGAGAUCCAUAGUCUCUAGAAACAGGUAUGUAGGCGAGAAAUUGGAACAGGUGGAAGGUUUCAGCCGGUUGCUUGACAGGAUGCAGUGACACCCUGGGAUUUAUGCCUUUGUUUUCACUCUCACUUACACUUCACUGGUUUAAUACACAUCAUCUUCUAUCACUCUUUGGCCUUCACCUAUUGAUUUUCCUACACCUAAGUUUUGUUGCAAAUACGUGACUCUUUUGGUUACUCCCCAACUGUAUCACGUUUACACAGUAUCUGAUCAAAAUGGCAAAAAGAAAACGCGAAGCAGCAGCAAAGGAGAAGGUUGGGAAGAGGAACACCCGAGAAGAAGAUCAGAUAGAAGCAUCCGAUAUGGAAGCAUACGAAGAACUGCUCAUAUGGGCAAAAGAUAGAGGUAUCAUCCUCAACGGCGUCGAGCCUAGACGGAUACCAGGCCGAGGUAUGGGAAUAGUGGCUACAAAGCCACUCGAGGAAGAUGAAACUAUUCUAACAGUUCCCUCUACCACCCUCCGGACGUAUGAAACCGUCCACCCUUCCAUAUCCCGUGCCCUGCCUAAGGACAUAUCCAUCCACGGCCUCCUAGCCGCCGAUCUUGCCUUCGACCCUUCUCCGUCCGCCAAGUAUCGGCAAUGGAACGCCGUCUGUCCUUCGCGUAAAGAUAUGUGGGACUAUUUGCCUCUAACAUGGGAUCACCGACUACGACAGUUUCUGCCCAGAAAGGCGCUGGAGUUACUUCUAAAACAGGAGGCCAAAUUUGAGAAGGACUGGUCCAUGGUCCAACAGUCUAAGCUCCUCUCUUCAGGGCCUGGCAAGAAAGAGAACAAGAGCUUGGAAGAGGAAGAUUGCGGAACACUGAAUAAGAGCAUAACAAGAGAUGACUACCUCUAUGCCUGGCUCCUCGUCAACACCCGCACCUUCUACCAUGAAACUCCAAAGACGAAGAAGUUCAAUAAAGAUGACAGAAUGGUCCUGCAACCAGUCGCAGACUUGUUUAACCACACCUCCUACGACCCAUCAGCCGAGAAGAAGGAAGGCAACAAGAAAACCUGCUCAGUCGCCUUCUCACCGACCGCCUUUACCAUCACCACCACCCGCCCUUACGCCGCCGGCGAAGAAGUUUACAUCUGUUACGGCAACCACUCCAACGAUUUCCUCCUGAUCGAAUAUGGCUUUCUCUUUGACGAAAAUGUCUGGGACGAAGUCUGCAUAGAUGAUGCCAUCCUUCCUUUACUCGACCAAGCCCAAACCCACUCCCAAUCCCAACAACAGCAGCAGCAGCAACCACCAAGGAAAGUAACUCGAAGACUCAACGAACGAGGCAAAAAAGACCUCAAGCCACAAGCGUCCCAACAGCAACCACCAAAAUCCCCCAAAGAAGUCCUCGAGGAAACCGGCUUCCUAGGCAACUACAAUCUCGAUCCGCGCAACCCCACAGGCUGCUACCGCACACAGGUCGCACUUCGCGCCCUUGCCGCUCUCGCAGACAGCGCAGGGCCGCAAGGUGAAAAGAAGUUCCGGGCCUUCAUCGACUACGGCCAAGACCCGUGGGAGGAAUCGCUGGAGGAACAAGCGAAGCUGAAUGCAUUGCUGGCACAAGCGCUUAAGCGUUGGAGCUCAGAUGCUAUUGAGAAGAAGAUUCGGGACGGGUUGGAUAAGUUGGAGUGGAGGGAGGGACAUGAAGGUGUAGUGGGGAGGGAGUGUCAUAGAGGGCUGUUGUCGAUGAGGUGGAUGCAGGUGAAGAGGAUGGUUGAUAGGGCUUUGAAGGAGCUUGAGGGCUGAGAGGUGAAGACUGCCCGGGUUUUUGGGGAGGGAGGAGAGGAGAGUGGGACAGCAGAAAAACCGAGGGUUGUGUCGCAGGCUGGGAAUAUAGAUGGACAGCUCAACUUGACCAUCGCACGACGAAACAUGUAUGUUGAUUCGAUUGCCGGCGUGGAUGCUGACUGUGCGGUUUGUUUAGCGACUGCGUAUCUGUCAUUGCACGGUGGUCGUCGCGGAACCGGAUGUUUUCCUGAAGUGUCCUCGUGCUGGCUGUUGAACUCCGAUCUGUGUUCAUGCCGAAGGGUCGUGGAAUCAUUCUCUCCGAGGCCUCUUCGAGCCCCAAAGUUUUCGCUCCCUCCUCUGGACAUGUUUGCUGCCGUUCUCUUCUUCCAGCUGACAACUACCCGGCACCCGUCGUUCGCCCAAUCCGGCAGGCACACCUUGCUUUGACCGGCCGGCCGGCCGCCCCUUCCGUCCCGUCUCAUCCGCCCAGGCGGCCCCAACCGGUGGUGGUUCCUGCCCUUAUAAGUCCCAGUUCCAGGCCUUCCUUCCACCACAUCCAGUCUUCCACACACCCGAGCGGUGGUCCGUUGGUGUAAUGGGCAGCACACAACCUUGUUCAACCCAUACUUCCAUAGACCGGUAUGACUGCUACCACCACGAGGUUCCCAGUUCGACCCGGACCGGGAACAGUCACAUGGGAAUUUUCCAACUCCCUGAUCCAGAGUAUGGUCAUAUUCCCCAAAGAGUUGACACCGGCAACCGUUGUCGCCAGAGGAACAGCCCAGAAGCAACUCGUUCGGUGAGACACGUAGAGUCAUAUUAGCAGUUUGUGAGAAGUUGCAGGGACGGAGAAAUACCUGAUCUGUUCAUACGUGCCCUAGCAUUGUGCCGGUAUGGCUAGUUGUGGGAACUGACUUAGUUUGAACUCCUCUCGAUCCGGGUGGACGCACCUUGUGACGGAGGAGAGAGAGCUAGGGCCUGCAACUGUCUAUAGACUGCCG